AAAACUUCAGUCAACGAUCGGUUUUUGUUCGGUGCGUCUCGUCGUGUGUUGUUUUGUUUUGUUUACGAAAUUAAAUUUAGUAGGACUAUCUUUUGUUUACAUUAAAUUUUCUUAUUAUUUCAAUUCCCCGAAACAAAGACUAUGUGAACUAAAUCAUUCUUAUCAAAUUGAAUCUUGGAAAUUCGCAACUGGAAUCAUCUUGUGUUUUAGGUUUUGUUGUUUUUAUUGGAUUUACUCAAAAAUUGUGUGUGUCCAAGUGGAAUUGAGCCUUGUUUAUCUUCUGGAAACAUUCAGAGCGAUGAUCCCGGCGAUGACGUCUCGCUGCCAAUUGGUCGUUGGAGGCCCGUGAUGGCGGGUGCUCGCCUCUGAUUGGCUGAGCGCGGCGAGCCUGGCCCCGAUUGGUGGAAGAUGUCGGGGCUUCCAGCGAGGAGUGAGGACGCUAUCAACGGCGUCGAUGUUAGGGAACAAGGAAGCGCUUUAAGGGUGGCAACCAACACUCCUCACCUGGUGAGCCUGGGCACGGGCCGAUUGAGUACGGCGGUUACCCUGCACCCCAUCAAACAGGGCCGCGUGACCAUCGGCUCGGACCCGACAUGCGACAUCUACGUCCUGGGCACGGGCGUGUCAAACGUGCACUGCCGCGUGGAGAACUCGCAUGGUGUGGUCACUCUAUACCCAGUGAGUGGAAGCACCAUGCUCGACGGUCUGCCUGUCGACAAGCCCACCAGGCUCUCGCAAGGUAGCAUGCUGACCAUCGGCCGCUCCAACUACCUCCGCUUCAACCACCCGGAGGAGGCCAAGCUGAUGAAGUCUGUGCUCCCUUCUGGCCACCUCUCCAUGGCGCCUCUGCAGUUUCAGCCAAGCGACUGUGUGCCAGCUUACGCGAACCACCAUUCAGAACCGACCAAUCAAUGUUACCAGAACACCUAUAUGCAGAAAGUCUACGCCGACACCGUCCUGUCGCAGCUAGAUCAAGAACUAGACAUGACCCUCAAAGAAAUGUCUAGAAAAAAACCGCCUGUAGCACCUAGGAAACCCUAUAAAGAUCUAGACCAAUCAGAUUCCAAUUCAGACCAAGAAUCCAGGCCCAAAGUCUCUAGUAUCAUGGCCAAAGUGUCAAAAUUCGAGUAUUACGCGAAACAGCAAAAGAGUAUCGGAAGAAGUCAAUUUUACACUUCAAAUGAAAAUGAAAUCUCUCCUAAAGUAUUCAGUUCUAACUCUCUAACAGUUAACACCCCUGCAAAAGAUGUCCUAGGGGGUAAAACGGUGCCUAAUUACAUGAAUAAAACAAAGCAAGAUCAAAAAGUUAUAUUACUAAACGAAAACAAUUCAGUGGACCCCAAAAACUGCUCAUACGCCAACGUAGCUAUUAGGAAUAAAACAAAAAUAGACGAUAUAGUAAGAAAUUUCGAUGACAGUACAAGAAACGAUCAUAGAUUACCAAAAAAAGUCAACAAUGAUCAAGUGAAAAACGACCAUAUUUACGGUAGAAUAAACGCGAAACAAGAAAGCGACAAGAAUAAUUUUGAAACGUGCAAGAAUAAUGUAGAUAGUGGCAAGAAUAACAUUGAAACUUGCAAGAAUAAUGUUGAAACUAGCAAGAAUAAUGUUGAAACUGGCAAGAACAACGUUGAAACUGCGAGAAGUGAUACAGAACAGUCUAGAAAUGAAGCAUAUGGAAGGAUUGGCGAUAGGAAUGUGAAUCUCACGAAGUCUUUGACGCUGCCAUCACCGGCCUUUGACAGGAAUCCCCAGUACUCACCGGUAUAUGCGAACUUCCAUAACUAUGACAGAAAUUUGGAGGCCGAAAAUAAGAGGAUCAAGGCGUACCAGGACAGAGUGAAGGAAGAAGAGCAGAAGGAAGCCGAGACAGCACGCCUCGAGGAAAUACUGAAUAUGUGCGCUGAGUACGAGAGGCAGAUCGCGUCAGGUAUCCCCAUCACACCGACAGAGAAGCGGUCGCACAACAAGAUAAUUACCAACGGUUCACUGCCUCGGAGUGGAGCCCUGAACAACCCUAACUUCGUGCAAACCAGCGACGGGUACUAUAAGUUCGAUACUAGUCAAAACCGCAACAAUUCCAUUAGCAAAUCCCUCCCAAUCCAGAGGAACCUAUCAAGCUACGAGAACUUCGACCUCUGCCAAUCCCCCGAACAAACCACCCCAGAAGUGACGAUCAGAAACCAAAGCAACUACGAAAACGUAGGGAGGAUGGACGAAAUCGGAAUCCCAGUGUUCGAUGACCCCAACGAACUAUCUAGUCCCAUUAUGAUUAGGAAAUACAACCAAAGCACCGAUAGAAUACCCAAUAUGUCCUCCCCGAUAGGCAGUCCUUACGAAAACGUGUAUUACAGGAACAAUGUGUAUGGGAAUCUCAAGCCAAAAUCGCCUAACACCCAAAGUCCCAGGACGCGGAUAAAGACGACUUUCGCUCACAAAAAUCUGCCUUCACCGCAGUAUUUCAUAUUCCCAACGCCACCUCCUAAAGAUAAUACGAAAAUUCCUGAAUUCGGGCAAAGAAGUUCUCCUAGUGACAGUCAAAAGAGUCCAACUCAAAAUGAAGUCAAAAGUAAUGAAAAUAGUCCAAAUGACCACACUGAAGUAACAAGAAGAAGUAAGUGUGAAGGAAUUGAAAAGCAACUUAGUUUAGAAGAAGAAAUCCCAAUGAUAGACGACUCAGAUGUAACUAAUGAUAUUGAGUUUAGAUAUUCUAAAAUCAUCACAGAUAAAGACGAAGAAGUAAAAAAGGAUUCGCCUAAAGAGCCUGAGAUAGUUCUGACGAAGAAUCUGAGCUUUGACGACGUCAAAAAGGAAUUAAUGGCUGAUAUCCCGGAGUUAGAAGAAUUCGAAAAAGACUUAAAACAAAACAAACAGGAGAAACUAAUGAAACAUAUCACUGAGACUAUCAAAAAGGUCGAUGUAGAAGCUGAUUCUAUAGACAGUGCGGUUGUGGAUGAUAAUGCGGAUGAUCUGAAGACCAAGUACGAUAGUUUGAAAGAUGAAAGAAGGAAAUUGGUGGCUGAAAUCCAUGAAAUCAAAUGCAAGAUGACUGAGAUUAGGGCGCAAGAGGAUGAUAUUUUGAGAGAGCUUGAAAUGGAGAAGGCACUAAUCAAAGGCGAAUACGACUCCGAAAUCGCCAUCUUAAAUAUAGAACAGAAGAAGAAAAUAGAAUUGGCUGAGAGUGCGAAGAAGAUAGAAGAAGAAAUACGGCAACUAAAAGAGAAGCAAGAGGCGCGCCAGAACGAGAUGCGAGAUCGGGUGGAGAUAGCUACCAUGAAGGUUGAAAGCAGUCCUAAUAGGAUAAAUCAAAGGCUGGAGAAAGACAUGAAAGACAACACAGCGACUUUGGAAGAGCUUCAAAACGCGCAAGAUAUCUUAGACAAUGAGACCAAAAUAUCUGAGGACCUGGAGUUCCAGCAUUUGGAGGAGGAGUCAGAAUUAUUGGCGAACAGAGAAGACAUCCAGAACGAAAUCAUAGUCCUAACCAAGAAGAUCGAAGCACAGAAAUCUCGAAUACUUAACUUGAAGUCGGAAGCGAACAAUAACCUCACUUCAGCUUUAGACGAGACCAAAGUCCUACGGGCGGAGUACUUAAAACUGCUCAACCGAGUCGAAGAACUGACGGGCAAAGUGCAGAAUAUAGAGAAAGAACUCAAACCAAUCGUGGCGAAGCUAAACGACAUCGAACGAACCCAAUCGCCCGAUAGCGCGUUUUACACGGACCAAACGCGAACCAAAUCCGGCGAGUUCGGGUAUUCCCCGCAAAGUUCGGACAGCGACGAAAUUGAUAUAACAAAGAUAUCCGAAGAUCACACUAAACAAAUGAAGGAUAAGUUCAACUCGAUAGAUCAGAUGUCGCAGUCGAUGUUCGUAGAAAUCGAAAGGCGAGUGAUUGGUGACAUCGAUCCUAUUGAUAACGAUAAUCGAUACAGCGAAAGUCCGUCUAAGUCUUCCACUUCUUCGAAGGAGAAGAAAGGAUUUUGGGAAAGGAACUUCGAUUCGCUCAAACGUAAGAAGAAACAAAAGACACCGGAGAAAAUCGACAUCAUGUCUCAGAGCUUGAACGAGAAUAUGCUCUUCAAUACUGAGAACAUUGAGACCGAUUUUGACAAGUUCAACAGCUUGAGACAUUCCAAAAAGAAAGAGAAGAAAGAUACUGGACCUGUCAAAAGUAACUCCUCAUCGAAAAUCCCUACAUUUGCCGCGUUAGGGAAGAUCAUGAAGAAAGACUCUUUUGGCAAAAAAUCCAAGGAUCACGUCAAAAACGAUGACGUAACCGAAAACAAUAUCAAAAACCGCUACGUGAAAAACCCUAAACCAAUCCUAACAGAUAACAAAUACAUCAAAGCCAAAUCCCUUUCUCCGGACAAAAUAAACUACACAGAAGAUUUAAAAGAAGAAACAGCAGAAGAAGUAAAAGAGGCGACUCAGAAUCAAAAAGGGCACGUAACAUUUGAAACCAUGCGUAAAGCGUCCAUAGACAACGCGAAUUCUGCCAAAAUCCUGCACAGAAAGAGCUGUGGGGACGAGCCUAGUAUUAAAACCGCUGUGGAUGCGCAAAGGAUAUCUGAUUCCGGCAAGAUUCCUUCCCAAGAUGAUAUAGACCGGAUAUCCAAGGUGACGAUGGACGCCCCGAUACUGUCCAGCGAUACUGACAUGAAUUCGCUUGGGAAGAGGACAUUGGAUAGUCUAAUGGAGAUCGAGAGGAAGAGGAUGGAAAUGCUGGAAGAACAAGGCUGCCAAGUAAUAGAAAACGAACGUGAGAAGAUAUCAGAACUUAAAAGGCGGGUCCAAGAUGAGACGAAGAAGCUCUGGGACCAGAAGUACCGGUCUGAACAGGCCCGGUCUUUCGACGAGACCUGUCAGAGCCUGCCGAGCCACUACGACGAGUUUGACAGGACCAAUGACAGAUUUGACAGAAGCGCUGUGGAGGAUUCCAGUCUGAUUGAUGAUAGUUUCAUGAGCUCAGCUAUAUUUGAGGAGAGUUCGGGGCUUAUGUCAUCAUCCAUUGAGGAGCUGCAAGUCCGCCAUUCUCGGGAGUCCGCGCCAGAGGACAAGCUCAGCGACGACAGCCGCCCGCUCAGCCAUGCCUCCGACCUCAGCACGCCUAACAUACUGUCGCUCAGUAGUGCGCCUCGUCGUAGCCGGCGCGGCGUGGCACCGGCCUCGGACGCGCAACGCCCGCUCACGCGGUACUUACCCGUCGACCGCGAUGACUUCGAUUUACGGAGACAUGUUGAGUCCGCCGGGCAUCAGAUUGAAGUGUGCCCCUACGUGACCGUGAAUUCCACGUCGUGCCGCGGGUACCUGCUCAAGCUUGGCGCCAAGUUCCACACCUGGUCCAAACGGUGGUUCGUUUUUGACAGAGAAUCGAAAACGUUCGUCUACUACUGGGACAAGAGCGAGAAGAAGCCCAGAGGAGGCGCUUACUUCCAGGUAAUAGAAGAGGUCUACCUAGACCACGGGAACACGUCGAAAUCGCCCAACCCUCUCACAACGUUCAUCGUGAAAACACGCCAGCGCAGAUAUUACCUCAUGGCGCCCUCUGGCGAAGCCGCGAGAAUCUGGAUCGACGUCAUAUUCACUGGCGCACAGGGUUACACUGAGUACUUAGAAUGACUUUUGAGUCACUUAAAAAAGUAAAAAAAACUGAAGGAUUUAUGUGGAAAAUAAAAACUGGUACAGCUAUUUGUACUGGUAAAAAUGGUUACAUAAUUUUGCCACCAGGCGGCGUUAGUGUAGCGCUGAAUACAUGAUUUUUUUUACAUGGACAGUGCGCUUUACAUGAAAAUGUAGGCAGAGUAGUUUAUGAUCUUUGCCUGUCCCUUGCAAGUUAAAAAAAUUAAAAUAGUCCGACUAGCUUAUAGCGACAUCUAGUGAAAUAGUUUGCUGCUGUUGAAAUAUGAUAGGAAAUUGAAAUUAGUUGGAACUAUAUUAAAUUCAAUCACAACUAUUCUAACAUCACGAAUAUACUGACCCAAUCUUUGGGUUAAAAAAGUAGCUCAAUAUUUUACACCAUCUGUACAUACAUGGUAGCUGUAAAAUCAAUUCACUUUCAUAGUGAUAUUUUACAUCAAUCUAACUAAUGAAUUCGAUCAAUAUACUUUAUAUUUAUACAUUGUGGUGUAUACGCGGUCUAUUAAAAGAUACAGAUUAUAACUGUAACCGUUAAAGAACUAACAAUUUACCUAAAAUAAUAGGUAACUAACAGCAAAAAAUUUGAGUGUUUUUCAAGUAGAAAACUUGAGUAAAUUAAAUGAUUAGGUUGUUGUGAUGUUUUUUAUAGUAAGUAGAAAAUAACAAUGUAAUUUUUUAACGAUUUACAUCACUAUUCUUUAAAUUUAAAUAUGGAAUUGAGCAUGAAAUUAAAACUUUUGUAAUCGACAAUAAAUGAAAUCGUGCCAAUAAAUAAGUAUAAUUUUACACAGAAUUUUACGCGACAGAGGCAACUAUUUUUAUACAAAUUUACAGAAUUCAAAUUGGUGCCUUCUAUAAGACUGAAUUGUUACUUCUAGAUUGAAGUCUGAAAUUAGGACCUAGAUAGACUUGCCAGUCUAAAAAAACAUAAAAUGGUAAGGCGAUAUCUUUGGGACUGGCAUUUCCACACUAAAUCAGAAAAAUUAAAUAAAAGUUGCUAUGCUAUAUACUUUUUUACUGUUUUAUCGCAAGUUUUAAAAAUUGCUGGUUACUUUUUGUGAUGAAUUAUGUCUGGAAAUAAUAUUAAAUUUACAAAAUAAUUGCUUUUGUAAUAUUUUAACAAUUUAGGCAAAAUAAAUCUCGCUGUGUUAUACCGUAUUUAUCAAAAUAUUUACUGAACCCGGUAUCUAGACUCGCCGUAAGAUACAUUUUAAACUUAUAAAUGUACCUUAAAUUGAAAUAAAAAAUUAAUGGAGUAUGUAAGAAAUUAAUUUUGCACGCUUAUAUGAAUAUGCAAUGUUACCAUGGUAGUGUAUAAAUGUAUUUUAAUUAUUACGUAUGGUAACCCAUUUCGAGUGUUACCAUAUCUUUGAAAAUGUUUUAUUUCUUUUCAAUAUUUAGGUAUUAUCGUAUUAUUCGCAUUUUAUUCAUGCAUCCUUUUGUAAUUGAUUUUCAUUAGAUCUUUUAUCUUAUUUUUUGAAUAUACACUUAAUAUUAUGUUAAUAUUAGUUUAUGGAACAUCCUAAUUGUGUAAUAUAGGUUAGUUUUUAAGUACAAAGUCGUGAUUUGUUUGCUCUUGGAUUACCAGUGUAUAAAUUAAGUUUUAUGGCUUGGAGAGUCUUGUAUUGAGUAGGUAAUAGCUGAUACCAACUUUAAAUAAGGUCACAAAAUAUUAACCAAGCGAAUAAUAAAAUAUGAGUUUAAAAGUA